AUGAGCGGGGAACCGAAACUUUUCAAGAGUAGUGAUGGCUCUCAAAUUAUCUUUGAUACAAAAUCCGGUAAAUGGUACUCGCUUCAAUCAAACACGUCACCAAACUCGCCUAACAACUAUUCCUAUCUAACUUUAAACCAUGAGAGGAAAAAAUCAACGUCAAAAGCACCUGAUAUACGACCGUUUGCAACGAGUAAGCAGACAAACUCAACAGUAACUAAAACAAUCGUCAAUCAACAACAAAAAGAAAGCACGUGGAACAACGAUACAAGCGAAACUGCAUGCCAACAUGCACCGACAACAAUUCACACCGAAGAACAGAACAAUACCCCUAUUUUAUUAGAACAAGAUGAAAUGCGUGUAGCCGACAAAAACGAUGACUCAGACACCGAUUGCGUUGAUCCACAAGAACAAACAAAACGCUCGCUAAACGUCAGCGACGAUUUUACAUUAGUAAAAUCAAACAAAAUCCGAAAAAAGGAACACGGAAAUGAAAUCAAAUGGCCACACGUGGAUAAACCAACUACAGCUACAACAAACGUCGAAAGAGAUAACCAUGAAAUAUCGCUAGAGCACAUCCAGCGUGCAGUUGUGCACAAUCUACCGUGCUUUACGAUUAACUUCGAUAACUCUGCGCAGUUCCCAUCAGCAGUAGCUGCAUCGGAUGCACCAUAUAGUCAUUUUGAAAAGAAAAACGUUCAAUUGUCAAAUAGAUUCUCGGUUGUACGAUAUAUAGGUCACCAACUCAAGAUCGGAAUGAAAGAUAAAGAAGACUACCUUAAACUCUGCGAUGUCAGUCUAUGGCCAGCCGAAAUUCAAAACCGUAAAAUCUCAGUAACGCUACCUAAAUUUACGCCCGAUCAAUUCGCGUUGGUCGUCCGUAAUGUGCCAUUAGAAUUUGCAGCUGAACAUGUAAUGGAGGAAGUAAGAAAAUCUGCAACAUCAGUGGAUAAGUUCCGCAUGAUCAUCUACCCAUACCAACGUACAACAAAUGAUUUUCGAUUCAUCGUCUCAGAUCUGAAGGAAUAUAAUGGAUUAAUAAAUUUGGGUCAUGUUGGUGUAGGAAAUAAACUAUGCACAAUAACACUAUACAGACCAGCAAACAAAAUUACAUUCUGCAACAAGUGCUGGUGCAUAGGUCACAUACGUAGCAGAUGUAGUAGCACGGUUCAAAAGUGUAGAUUCUGUCUCCAAGAAUAUAACCAAGACCAUAAUGAAAUAUGCACAAAACAGUACAAAUGUGCUCAAUGUCACGAAGACCACUACUCAUUAGAUGCAAACUGCGAAAUAAUCAGAGAGUACCGAGCAAAUCUGAACAAAGCAGUAAAAAAAGCAACAGUAGAAGGGAAAAUCAAGCUUCCUGAAGCCGACACUCGGCAACCGUUAACAAACCAAAAAUUCAAAUCUGCACUAGACACAUUUCCACCUCUCCCCGGUGCAUCUGCGCAACAAGUGUGCAGACCUGCAGCUUGGAGGACAACUGCACCAACUACGACGCAAAUAUUAAACCAAACAGCUCCAGUGGAUAUCACUAACCAACAAUUAUUCGACAAAAUAUGUUGCCACCUGGACGAGAAGUUGAGCACAGUAAACGAUCAUAUUGCCAAUCUAAAAUUAAAAGUGAAGGAAAAUGAAAAAGCGGGCUUAGAAACACGAAAAAGUGUUUCGAGUCUGGUGGGUCUUGUGAAGCUAUUAAUCACAGAUAUUAUACCUCCAAUCGUGAAAGUGGCAUUUAGUAAAGACACCAAAGCGAAAAAAGAAGUCGAAAAAACGACAGAACUAAUAAAAGAUCAACUACAAGUGCUAUACGCGGAUAUGGAAUUAGAUGGUGUGACAACUGAAAUGAAGAAUAUAGAAGAAGCUCAGGAACAGGUAGACAAACCAAUCAACCCAGGAACUUAG